AUGUUGUCAAAUUUAUCAAAAAGUUUACUUUCCAAAGGUAAAUUUAUAAAUAAAAAUAAUUUAUUAAAAAAUAAAAGAAGUUUUGGUACAAUUGUACCAGGUGAUAAAUUUGAAUGGAACGAUCCAUUAUCAUUGGAAUCAUUAUUGACAGAAGAGGAAGUUAUGAUUAGAGAUCAAGUUAAUAAAUUUUGUCAAGAUGAAUUAAUGCCACGUAUUCAAAUGGCCUAUAGAGAUGAGAAAUUCGAUAGAGAGAUUAUGAGAGAGUAUGGUAAGAUGGGUAUGUUGGGUGCAACCAUUCCAGCCUAUGGUGGUGUUUCACAUGUCGCCUAUGGUUUGAUGGCAAACGCAGUAGAGAAGGUUGACAGUGGUUAUCGUUCUGCAAUGAGUGUUCAAUCUUCAUUGGUAAUGCAUCCAAUCAAUACCUUUGGUACCGAUGCACAAAAAUCAAAGUAUUUAGACGGUCUUGCAAGUGGUGAUUUGGUGGGAUGUUUCGGGUUAACCGAACCAAAUGCAGGUUCAGAUCCAGCAGGUAUGCAAACUCGUGCCGUUAAAAACAGUGCAGGUAAUUACGUAUUGAAUGGAACUAAAACUUGGAUUACCAAUUCACCAAUUGCCGAUGUGUUUGUGGUUUGGGCAAAGGUGGAGAAUGGUGAUAUUCGUGGUUUCGUUUUGGAGAAGGGUAUGAAGGGUUUGAGCGCACCAAAGAUCGAGGGUAAGUUAUCAUUACGUGCAUCCAUCACUGGUAUGAUCGUUAUGGAGGAUGUCGAAGUACCACCAACUGCAAUGUUCCCAGAGGUUAAAGGUUUAAGAGGUCCUUUCUCUUGUUUGAAUAAAGCACGUUAUGGUAUUGGUUGGGGUUCAUUGGGUGCUGCCGAAUUUUGUUAUUCUACCGCUCGUCAAUAUGGUUUAGAUCGUAAACAAUUUGGUAAACCAUUGGCUGCAAAUCAAUUAUAUCAAAAGAAAUUAGCUGAUAUGGCCACUGAAAUCUCUUUGGGUCUUCAAGCUUGUUAUCAAGUAGGUCGUUUAAUUGAUGCUGGUAAAGCUACCCCAGAAAGAAUCUCUUUAAUUAAACGUAACUCUUGUGGUAAAUCUUUAGAUAUCGCUCGUCAAUCUCGUGAUAUGUUGGGUGGUAAUGGUAUCGCUGAUGAAUAUCAUGUAAUUCGUCAUGCUGCAAAUUUAGAAACUGUAAACACUUAUGAAGGUACUCAUGAUAUUCAUGCUCUUAUUCUUGGUAGAGCUAUUACUGGUAUUCCAUCAUUUUAA